GGGGCACGGCGGCAGCAUGGGGUGCGGCAGCGUGGGGUCCGGCAACUUGGAGCUGGUUUUUGACAGCGUGGGGCACUUUGGCAGAUACCAGAUAUUCCUCUAUUUUAUAUGUGCCUUCCAGAACAUCUCUUGUGGUAUCCAUUACUUGGCUUCUGUGUUCUUGUCAGUGUCCCCACAGCAUACUUGCAGGCCCCCAGGCAAUGUGAGUCGGGUUCUUUUCCAAGGUAUCUCUAGUUGGAGGUUGGAGGACAUCUGGACCCAGUUUUCCAUAGGCCGUGAAGAUCACAUCAUAGUGCAGCUACAGGACGGUGAGAUUUGGGAGCUCACAAGCUGUCACAGGUUCCGGAGGGAUAACAAGUCAAGUUUGAACUAUGAUUAUAACGGCCAUAAGAGUAGUUUCCCUUGCUUGGAUGGCUACAUCUAUGACAAGAGCAAGUGGCGCAGCACCGUGGUGACUGAGUGGGAUCUGGUGUGUAACCGAGAAUGGUUUGGAAGGCUGAUCCAGCCUACAUUUAUGCUUGGAGUCCUGCUGGGAGCGGUGAUCUUCGGCUACCUUUCUGACAGGGCAGGAAGACGACUUGUCUUGUGGGCCACAAGCACCGGUGUAUUUUUGUUUGGCAUAGCAGCGGCAUUCACGUUUGAUUAUUACAGCUUCAUAGUCGCACGCUUCCUUCUUGCUAUCUGUGGAAGUGGCUAUCUCGUGGUGGUGUUUGUCUAUGUGACAGAAUUUGUCGGCAUGAAGUCUCGGACGUGGGCAUCCAUCCACUUGCAUUCCUUUUUUGCUUUUGGAACCAUGGUGGUGGCUUUGACGGGCUACUUGGUCAGGACCUGGUGGAUCUAUCAGUUCGUCCUCUCCACAGUGACUGUCCCCUUUGUCCUGUGCUGUUGGAUGCUCCCAGAGACACCUUUUUGGCUUCUCUCGGAGGGAAAAUAUGAAGAAGCACAAAAAGUAAUUGAUACGUUGGCCAAGUGGAAUAGGACGAGAUCCUGUAAACUGUCAGAACUUUUAUCACUGGAUCACAAUGGUUCUGCUGGUAAUAAGCCCUCUCAAGUUGAGAAGCACACCCUAUCAGAUCUGUUUUAUGACUGGAGUAUUGGAACAAGGACACUUAUUGUUUGGCUGAUUUGGUUCACGGGGUGUUUUGGGUUCUACACCUUCUCCUUGAAUUCUGUUAAUUUGGGAGGCAAUGAAUAUUUAAAUCUCUUCCUCAUGGGUGCAGUGGAAAUUCCUGCCUACAUCUUUGUGUGCUUUGGGAUGGACCGUGUGGGGAGAAGAAGCAUUCUGGUUUUCUCCCUUCUCUCAAGUGCAGUGACCAAUGGUGUGAUUAUGGUGAUCCCCAAGGAUUAUCAUGUUUGGUGUGUGGUGGCAUCUAUGGCUGGAAAAUUUGCCAUAGGGGCAGCGUUUGGCCUUAUAUACCUUUAUACAGCAGAGCUGUAUCCAACCAUUGUAAGGUCGCUGGCUGUGGGGAGUGGCAGCACGGUGGGCCGUGUGGGGAGCAUCGCAGCCCCAUUCUGCAUUUACCUCUCCAGCAUUUGGAUCUUCAUGCCACAGUUGCUUGUUGGGACUUUGGCCUUCGUGAGUGGAGUGCUAACAUUCAUGCUUCCAGAGACCCUCGGGAAGCCUCUGACAACUACUUGGGAGGAGACUGAAAAAGAGAGCAGUUCAGGCAAAUUACUUUCCACAACCGAUAAUACUGUGUUAGAAAAUAUCACAGUGGUUAACUCUGAGGAUUCUGGUCUUAAUAAAUAAAUGUGCCAGACGUGCUGUGUAGCACCUGAAAUAUUGUUUAAUGCUUUUGUAUUAGAGGAACAUUAUUCUCAUCUCCUGCACGUCAUGUGUAUGUGUCUUUUUUCUUUCAAACUACUGUAUUUAAUAACUUGUUCUGAAUUCAGUUAUGACCCACCAAAUGUAUGGUUCGGGUGGCAGAGAUAUUUGUAUUCAUUUACAUAUGACAUAGUGACAGCCAACCAUUAAAAAUGCACCAGAGUCUAAAGUAUUUAUCAGAGGCCAAUUAAUAAAAUCAUUUUUGGAUGUCUUUUCUAGUUAUCAGAAUACUAAUUUAGCAUCAGUAUUUCAGUUAAAAUGUUGGUCAGGAAGGAACUCUGGAAAAGUUUACAUCUAUUAAGGACUCUGUGGUAGAUUAUAAGAAUGGCUAAAAGUCUCUGAACUUUUUGUACUGAAUCUUUUGCAAUGUGACUUUAAAGCUCCUUCCACUAAGAACUGGAAUAUAUUGCUCCACCCCAUUAUCCAGCUGUCCUCGAGACUUGGUUUGGCCAUAGAAUGUGGCAGAAGUGAUAAUUAUGCAAGUUCUGAGUCCAGAUUUCAAAAUGCUUUGCACACCUUUCUUGAAACCUUACCUAAACUAUGAAAAAGUCUAUGCUAUCUAGUUGAGGAUGACCAAUACCAUGGACCAAGUCAAGCUCCUUGUCCCAACUGAGGCCCCCAAAAUGUGAGAGUGCCUGCUUGUCUUGUUUAAAAUAACAAAAUGUCCCUGCCCAAUCCAGAGCAGGAGGAAAUCCAGCUGACACCAGAAGAACCACCCAGGUGCUCCCAGUCUGUGUCUUUUUUUAAAAUUUUGUAAGAAAGUUUUGAAACAAUGGUUUUGUAAAAGUAGA